CAUGUCCUGGAGUCUUUCGAUUUGUGUUACUGUCCUUGACUUAAUCACAACUGUGUAAGUGAGGCCAUGCCCUCAGCUUAAACUGGUGGUUUUGGUUAAGUUUAAGUUCUUGCUUUGGUGUCGUUAGUGUUAGUUUUAUUUUUACUCAAUGUUACCCUUUUUAAGAACCUAAUAUCAUAGGGAUUUAUAUGUUGGAUUUUAUGGUAGUUGUUAUUUUUUAUGAAGAAAAUCACAAAGAAUGUUGCUAAAUAUUAAUGUUUUGUUUUCUUGUGCCGAGGUGUCUUCCUGGUACUGCUUCAUUGGUUUUCUGCUUCUACACUCUGUGGUUUCAUUCUUCACUGCCCUGCUGCGGGAUCUUCAAUUUUGAGGAUUGUGGAUCCCAGCUGGCUACAUUGCUAGAUGCUUCUGUUUCUUGAAUCUCUGUGGAUAUGACGCGCCUCUCCUCAAAUUAUAGUGGUAUUUCUUUAAGUUCAUAUUAAGGAUGAGGAAUGACAUGACACGCGACUGGCAGGUACAAUCUGUUCCAAGGAGUUUGGGGAUUUGAUGUUCUCCUUUAAACUAAAUUGUGAAUGGUGCUCCUUAUGGGUUCAUAGGGCAGUGUCCGAGUCUAUGCUCCUGAGAGUUCUGGUUCCCUUUUGACUUUAUAUGUUAGCUGGCUUCAUUUUGCUUUUUUGCUCCUUUUCGCCCACUCUUUCAAUAUCACCUGUCAUAUAUCAGUCCUCUUUUAAAAGAGUAUUCUCCAUAAUUUCUUUCUGUCUAUCAGGGAUAAAGAGUUGGUUACAAUUUUAUUUAAGUGUUCCCUUUGAGAGUGACUGAUAUCUUUCAAAAUUUUUACUUUUUCUACUUCUCCACACAAAGCUAGUGUUUUGUUUUAAAGGUGCCCCUUGUACCCCCCUCCCUUUUUUACCUUAAAAAACAGUCAUAUCUAUUUCUGUUAAACUUCAUCGUUCUUUUAUCAAUUAAGUUCUCUUUUUUCAUUAUCUGACAUACAUAGUGUUGGGUGUCUGUUAGUAGUUUCGCUUAUCAAAGUUGUAGAACAUGCAUGAAUGUAGAGGACCGCUCGCCAUUGGCCUUUCCAGUAGGAGAGUUUGCUUUGACUGCCUGCACCCAAGAUGUUCAGCUGAUUGAGAUUCUCGUCUUUGAGAUAUGGCCUCACUGCUCUGGGGCCUUUCAAUGAGGAGGUCUCAAGUUUUUGGUAAAGUUUCAGAAGGUCUAUAUCUGCUCAAGCCUAAAGUGAAAGAGUCUGUUUUCAAUUCUAGCAAGAACAAAGCUAUUUUACAUUCGACAGUUUCUACUAGUUCUUCAGUUUCUUUACCUAGUUUCAGUAAUCCUAAUUGUAGUAGUACUACUUCUAAUGUAAAGUUAUGGCACAUUAGGUUGGGCCAUUUACCUUUCUCAUCAAUGAGGAAUAUCAGUUUCAUUUUCAUUCCUUCUAAUUCUGAUUGUUUCUGUGACAUUUGUCCCAAAGCAAAGCAGUCCAGACCACCUUUCCCAAUCAGUAAUAUAUCAACUAAGUCAAGAUUUGAUCUUAUUCAUAUAGAUACUUGGGGACCCUACAAAGUUGUUACACAUGAUAAUUAUAAAUAUUUUCUUACUAUAGUGGAUGAUUUUAGUAGAGGGACAUGGACUUACCUCUUGAGCACCAAAAGCAAUGUUUUUUCGGUUUUACAAAAUUUUCUUUAUAUGAUAGAAAGACAAUUCAAUCAUAAAGUGAAGAGGAUCAUAUCAGAUAAUGCAAUGGAAUUGGGGAAAAGUAAUGCAACCAUCAAUUUUUUUCAAUUCACAAGGUAUCAUCCAUGAAACAUCAUGUGUUUCCACCCCUCAACAAAAUGGAGUUGUUGGAAGGAAGCAUUGACAUUUACUUGAAAUGGCUAGAGCACUGCUGUUUCAAGCUCAGAUUCCUUUAGCCUACUAGGGGGAGUACAUUCUUACUGCAACUUUCCUAAUAAACAGAUUACCUUCUAGAGUAUUUCAUGGAAUCACACCUUAUCAAAUACUUCACGGAAAAGCACCAAAUUAUGAUGGUUUAAAGUGCAUUGGAUGCUUAUGUUAUGCUGGCACUAUUUCUCAUGGAAGGGGCAAGUUUGAACCAAGAGCUAAGGCUUGUUUUCCUUGGAUAUCCCUCAAAUAAAAAGGGAUACAAAGUCCUCGAAUUGGAUAGCCAAAGAAUAAUCAUAUCAAGAGAUGUCUCUUUCUUUGAAACUAUUUUCCCCUUCAUUGUUACUUCUCCUAUUUCUACUUCUAUUUUUUCCUAAUCCUGCUACUCCCUAUUCUAGUGUCAAUGAUUCUACUUGUGAUGUUCCAGUUCCUAACAUUUCUUCUCCAGAUUCUCUCCCUUCAGACUCUCCAAUUUCUGCAUCUCCACUUCAAAACUGUUCUUCUCUUAAAUCAUCCUUUAUACCUGAUUCUAAUUUACCCACUACUUUUCUUCCUUUAAGAAGAUCAGAAAGAUCAAAUAAAGGAAUUAAACCAGUUCAUCUUCAAGAUUAUUUUUGCAACAAUAUGUUUCUUAGUCCCGUCUCUGAAUUUUGUUUUGCUGCACCAAUCCCCUCUACUGGUCUAUCUCAUACUGAGAUUUCAACAUCUAAUCAAUUCUUCUUGGAGUCAGUUUAUCAAAUCACAGAACCUAACAGUUACUAUCAAGCUUCUCUUCAUCCAGGUUGGUCAAAGGCUAUGCAAGAGGAGAUAGCAGCUUUAAAAACAAAUCACACGUGGGAUGUUGUUCCUCUUCCCUCGAAUAGAAAGGCAUUGCCUUGCAAGUGGGUAUACAAGGUAAAACAUCGUGCAGAUGGUUCUAUUGAGCGCCUAAAAGCCAGAUUGGUUAUUCGAGGAGACAUUCAGCGAGAGGGUAUUGAUUUCAAUGGAACUUUUUCCCCCGUGGUUAAAAUGACAACGAUCAGGUGUCUUUUAUCGAUUGCAGCUAAGAAACAAUGACCUAUAUCACAAUUUGAUGUCAAUAACGCAUUUUUGCAAGGAGAUUUACAAGAGGAGGUAUACAUGAAAUUCCCUCCUGGUUUGGCUCCACCUGAUUCUACUAUGGUUUAUCGUCUUCGCAAGUCCUUAUAUGGUCUCAAGCAAGCUUCCCGGCAGUAGUAUGCCAAACUUGCUGGUGCUUUGCAAUUCAAGGGGUAUAAUGCAUCACUGAAUGAUUACUCUUUAUUUUUUAAACAUACAGGUGAUUUGGUUUCUAUUGUUGCUGUAUAUGUCGAUGACAUUCUCAUUACAGGAAAUGACGUGAUAGAAAUUCAACGUCUCAAAGAUUUCUUACAUGUUGAGUUCAAAAUCAAAGAUUUUGGUUUGCUUCAUUAUUUCCUAGGAAUGGAAAUUCUGCGCGAUGAAAAUGGGAUAAUAAUCAGUCAAAGGAAAUAUAUCUUAGAUCUUCUUGCGGAGUUUGACAUUUCUCAUCUGCACUCCGUGUCUUCCCCGAUGGAUCCAUCUUGCAAAUUAACUGCAGAUUCAGGAAAGCUUAUGUCAGAUCCAACAAUUUAUCGGCACCUCAUUGGAAAGCUUAAUUAUUUGACACACACACGUCCAGAUCUAUGCUAUGCCAUUUUGAGCCUCAAUCAAUUUAUGCAACAACCUUCUGAAAAAUAUUUUACAGUUGCUUUAAGAGUUCUUUGUUACCUGAAAGGUUCACCUAAUCAAGGCAUUUUUUUCAUAGCUUCUCAUUCUUUCACCAUCUCUGCCUUUUGCGAUGCAGAUUGGGCGUCCUAUCCCGACUCUCGUCAGUCGAUAAGUGGGUUCUUUAUUUGUUUGGGAGGUUCUCCAAUAUC